UGUCCUGUGGCAUUUGAGGAAGUGGCUGUAUAUUUCACCCAAGAGGAGUGGGACCUUCUGGAUGAGGAACAAAGAGUCUUGUAUUACACAGUUAUGAGAGAGAAUUUUGAGAACGUGACCUCUUUAGAGCUCUUGAUUUCCAAGCCAGAUCCGAGUCUCCAGUGGGAAGAAGGGUUACAAAUGGCUGAUCUCCAGAUAUUCAAGGAAAAGGACUCUAUUGUCAAAGGAGUUGUGAAUUGGGAGGACAUAACUGUGGUUGAAUUGCCAACCCAAUAUCCAUAUGAGACUUUCCAUAAUGGUAAAUCUGACAUGGCCUUUCACGUGAGAGGAGAUGGAACAAUUCGUGAGUUUGAGGAAAGGAGUAAUCAAAGGCAUUCUUGUCCAGAAAACCUGCCCACCAGAAAAAACAUUCAUCAGGAAGAGUUUGGAGCAGAGCAACUUCAGGAACCAACACAGUGGGAUGUGUUCUUUGAUCCCCAAAUUUCUGAACCAGUGGAGGUCAAAUCCAGAAAAAGGCAGGGGUUAUUCCUGGAGCUGAUACGAGCUUCUCAGGCUGACGAGAAAAUUCCCAGCAGUAGCUCCCAAGUAGGUUCUACUGUAUCAAAAAGAAACUAUCCCUGUUCUGAAUGUGGGAGAAGUUUUGAUCGCCGUUCCAACUUAAUUAAACACCAGAGGAUCCACACGGGAGAAAAGCCAUAUCCUUGUAUUGAAUGCGGGAAAUGCUUUGACCAGCAGUCCAAUCUAAACGUCCACCUAAGAGUUCAUACUGGAGAGAAACCAUAUGGCUGUCCCGAUUGUGGAAAACGAUUUAGUAUCAAAUCACAUUUACAUGGGCACUAUAGGAUACACACAGGGGAGAAGCCUUAUGAAUGUGAAGAUUGUGGGAAGAGUUUCCGUGUCAAAUCUUCCCUAAAUAAGCACCAACGAACCCAUACAGCAGCUGCCAAGCUCUCCAGACCGUCUGAGAUCAAAUCAGAGGGUCCCCGAGCAAUAUUGCCAGAAGGGACACACGUUUAUGCAGCUCCUGAAACAGAAAAAAUAAUUAAAAUUAUGAGUAGGAAGCCCCCUAUAGAAAUCACAGUGUCGAACAAGAAUUUUUCCUGUUCUGAGUGCGGGAAAGGUUUUGAUCGGCCUUCGCAUCUUAUUACGCACCAGAGGAUCCACACCGGGGAAAAGCCAUAUCCGUGUGUUCAGUGCGGGAAACGUUUUCAUCAGCAAUCUAACCUUAAUGUCCAUUUACGUCUCCAUACUGGAGAGAAACCUUAUGGCUGUCCUGAAUGCGGCAAAAGAUUCAACAUCAAAUCCCAUCUACAUGGACAUUACAGGAUCCAUACAGGUGAGAAGCCCUUUGAGUGUGAAGACUGUGGAAAGAGCUUCCGGGUGAAAUCAUGUCUAAAUAAGCAUCAGCAAGUCCACACAGGAGAAAAGCCAUACAAAUGUCUCUCCUGAGAAGAAAGUUUGACCUAAUUAAACACAGUUCUCUCACGCUGGAGAGAAAAAUUGCCUAUGCUCUGAACUUGGAAAAAUAACUUUUGCAAUAGAUAAAAUCUUAUUAAGCAUGAUAGAAUUCACAGAGGAGAAAAUCCUUGCCUGUGUUCCUUUUGGCCGAAAUAAGCAUCCAUAAAUUCAUACAGAAGACAGGAAUUAUGGGGGGCCCAUCUGUGGGAUAAUGUUCAGGAAUGAUUAACAGCAGAACACACACAGAUAGAGAUACAUACACCAUAUAUUUAGUUAUAUGAUUAUUUUUCAGUGAAUUCCCUAAGGAACUCAAUUCUUGCAAAUGCUUUUAUGGGAUCAGAGAGAAGCAGUGUACAUUUGAGACUUAAAUAUUGUGCCCUGAGACCAUGACCAUCCUCUGCUGUCCUGUAGUCCCCUGUUAUUUAAAAUGCCUUCUUUAAUAUUGGCUCGAAGGAAGUUAGUAAACAGUAGAUAUUCCAUAUAAAGUGGUUUAUGCCACGCUGGCUGGCUUCCAUUUUCCUAGGAAUAAGUGGCAUUAUCUCAUUGUAACCUGAAACUUAGUAAUAGUUCUUAAUGUUCUCUAAGAAAACUUCAAUUUGACUAUUAGAAAACUUUUAGGUUAAUUAUAUAUUUUGUUUCCCAUACAUGUAUGGCUAUUUUACUGAAGCUUGUCUGGAAAUGACAUGAGAUGCUUCAGAAAAAUAUGUCCUCAAUCUGGUAACUAUAAAGCAGAAGCAUUUAAGACUUGCCUUUCAAGCCCAGUGGGAUUCAAAAGAGGAUGGAUGAAAUGUGCACAAGUUGAAAAAACUGAACAUUGACAUAUAAG